UUUAACAAUGUCAAUAAUUCGUCUGAUGCAAGAAUGCGCACGCACAGCAUUCAAUAUGGCUGCUAAACAAGAAUAUUUCUGCAGUGUAUUGUAAGAUAUUCAACGUACUGAUGUCCAAAUAUCACAAAAUAAUAAGAAAAUAUCUGAAAAAGUGGCCUGGGGAAAAAACUUUUGGUAUUUAUCGUUUCCUACCAUUAUUUUUCGUUACUGGUGCAUUAUUAGAAUAUUGUAUGAUCAACUGGCAUGUUGGCGAGGUUAACUUUUAUAAAGUAUAUAAAAAACGACUUGUCCAAGAGAUAGUUAAAGAUAAUUUGCGUAACGCUGCAAGAGACAAUGUCUAAGUACUAAAAGUUACUAAGAAUACUUGAUAUUCUUUCAAAGAACCGUCAAAUAUUAAAAGAUAUGUCUUGGUCAUUCAUUAAAUUUAGUAUCAUAUCAAUGUUAACUAUGCUUGCUGGAGCACAAACUGUCCACCAUAUAUACCAACCUCUAUCCGAUGUGGAUAAGCUGGUAGCUGAAGAAUUAAAACAAUGGAAAGCUAACAAAUAAUUGAUAUAAUUUAUAAUAAUAUCAAAUAUAUAUAUAUAUGUGCAUUAUACAAAGAGAGAUGCAUAAUAGAGAAUAAAUUAUAUUCAGCAGAAA